AUGAAGAAAGUGAGAAGCAGCAUAUCGAGUGGGUGUUUGGGGUCAUGCGUAACAUCAAGAGGGGAAGAAGAUGGUGUGAAUGAUUCUCCUUUAGCUGGACUUGAUGGUCCUCAAUUAACUGGAGGAAAGAUUGGUGAUAGACUAUUGGCUGAAGCAAAAACAAACUUAGCCAUAAAAACUAUCCCUGGUUUAGCAAAAUCAUAUGAGGUUCGAGGAAGAGGAGAACUUCAAUUCGGCAUCUUGCUUGAGAAUAUGAGGCGUGAAAAUUUUGAGCUUUCUGUAUCCCCUCCAAGAGUUAUGUACAAGAUUGAGAAAGGUGUGAAGCUAGAGCCAAUUGAAGAAGUAACCAUUAAGGUGAAUGAAGAGCAUGUGGGAAUGGUGAUGGAAGCGCUUUCUCAUAGGCGAUCUAAGGCUGAAAAGAGAGAUGUGGUUGGGUUACAAGAACAGGUUUUUGUUAGAAAAGUUAUUGAGCUUCAUGACAAGUACCUAGCAUAUGUAAAUGACUGUUUCAUGAACCAUACUCUUUUCCACAAGUUUGGAAAAGGGAUUUAUUUUGCUGAUUUGGUGAGCAAAAGUGCUCAAUAUUGUUUUACUAACAAGAAAAAUCCUGUUGUCCAAGGGUUGAUGAAAGCAAAUAGCUCUAGAGUUAGAAGAGGAAAAGAAAACUCAAGCUGA